AGCAAGCGUCAGUCAGUGACAUGACAGACUGUAGUUAGUUGUUAGUUGAUGUUUGGCCAUUCAUGUAAGAUUGGCUGUGCAAAAGAUUUUCCAAAAUUGUUUUGAAGAAUUCAAUAUAUAGAAAUGUUGUUAAGUAAUCAGAGACUUGUAAUUUGGUGUGAUUAUUGUAUGUGUAGUGACCACUAGAAUUGUAAUAUGUGUGACUUUUAAAAAGUUUAAACUGUUUCCGAUGUGUUGACUGCAUAACUUGAUUCAAAACAUUUUUAUCAUUUGACGUGUUUCUUUAUUUAUAUAAUUUAAGGCUGACGUGUAGCUGUAAUUUAUAGUCUAAUAGUGAUUACAAUAAGAUCAAUUUAAAAACUUGGUUUGAAUCUGUGAAGUUAUAGAGACCUGGAAAUUGUGACAACAUGAAUAUUCUGUUGAGGAUGUUCAGGACGAACUGUGUAUAUUUUCUGAUAGUGCUCUCACACUUAAGGUGCAACACUUGAAUACUGGAGCACGUAGUUUAAAGACUUGUGGGGAGUAUGAUGGAGCAAACGUAAAUAGAGAGCAGGCACCGUGGAGCACCUGGUAGGAGGCGGUGGGGCGGGCGGCUUGCUGCCUGGCGCCGCGCCCGCGCAGCACCCGCCCAACAUGCUGCAGCCCAUGGAGGAGAUGAUCCUGCCACCAAAACGACAAGCUGUGGUUGAUCGUCUAAGACGAAGGAUAGAAACGUAUCGACGACGCCAAUCGGAAUGUGUGCCGAGGUUUGAUCAAUCAUUCACUGGCGCAUGUGAACAGCAAAAUCUAGAAACUACUGCGCUUCAGAAACGCUUUCUAGAAGGCAAAGCUAAGCGACAAGCAAAGAAAAGCGAUCGCAAGCCUGACUUGCCGGCCAUCAGUGGCAAUCUUCACAGCAGCGUCGUUCAUGUGCAACAAAAAUUUGGAUGCGGUGAUUAUGAACCACCUGCGAAACUUCAAUGUGGCGGAGGCGGCGGUGGGGGCGGAGUUGGGGGCGAGGCCCUCACAAAAUUCUCGGUGGAAAUCGUUCAGCAAUUGGAGUUUACCACCUCGGCGGCGGACUCGCAACCCCAGCAGAUUUCUACUAACGUCACGGUGAAGGCUCUUGCAAAUGCUGUCAAGACGUCUAGUUCUCCGCCCUUACCCCAAGCACCACCACGCGUACCUACUCCGCUAGACUGCGAGCGAGAAUGCAAAGCAGAAUGCAAGUCAGAAGUAGCUGAUGACGAUUUUGUCGGAUUGGACGAAUGUGCUGCGGCACUUGAGCGUGAUGCGGCCUCCGCAUUCCCUGGUUUAGCUGAUCUAAUCGGCGAGGAUGAUGGUGACGACACAUUCGAAGACCUUAUCACGGAGAUAUCGGAGUAUCCAGAGUUUAUGAAAGACUUUGAUAUCGAUGGCGGCAAACUUAAUGGUGGAGGAAUGGGGUUGGAGCCGCCGGAAGGGGAACCAGCUCCUCGGCCAUAUGGAGGUGGUGAAAUGUCUCCGGCUGCCCAGACUCUGAAACAUAUGGCUGAGCAACACCAGCAAGCGACGGGUGGAGACUGGGCGCGGUACCGUGGCUACGGCGGGUACCGGCCGCGGCCUGCUCCGCCCACCAUGGACCACCUGCACAUGUCGCAGCAGCAGCAACUGCAUCUUACUCAGCCGCACCAUAAUCUACAGGUGUCGGCGGCACAGCAUAUGCAAGUCAGCGGCGGGGGCGGCGGGGGACAUGUGUCCGUCGCAGCCCAGCAGGGCAUGUACGCCAGUUUCCACAACCAGGGGACACCAUCACCACAACACCAUCAAGGUGGCGGGUGUGACACGUACUCAGUAUCCCAGUCGCAGAGCAUCAACUUCUCGCAGGCGAUGCGAGCGCGGCCGCAGGGCCCUCAACAACAGGGCUCGCAGCAGGGCGGCCCACCACUCGGUGUGGCAGCAGCGGGUAUAUCGCGGGAGCAGCAAGCGAAGAUGUUGCAGCAACAGCAACAACAAAUGUUGCGCGCGCAGCAGCAACAGAUGCGGCCCCCGCCGCCCGAGUACAAGGCGCGGUUCGUGGGCCCCGGCGUGGGUCCCGGCGGGGGCCCGGCGCAGGGCUCGAUGGGCGUGCGGCGGCCCCCGGCCCCGCAGUCGCGGCCGUUCCCCCACCACGCGCGCCAGUACUCGCCCGAGUGGCGCCACGUACUCAUGCAGCAACAGGCCGCCUCCAGGCAACAGUUCCCGCAUCACCACCAAGGAUUCAAUAUGGGCACGAUGGGUGGCAUGACGCAGCAACAGCAGCAACAAAUGCAGUUGCAACAGGCGCGCUUGCAACAGCAACAGCUAAUGCAACAUCAACAGCAACAGCGGGCGUCCAACCAACAACAGCCCAUGUCUCAUCUCAUUAUGCAACAGAACCAGAUGAUGAGCGUGCAAGGACAGAUGCCAAAUAUCCAUAUGAGCCAAUCUCAGAGCAUGUCUAUGCAACAAAGUGGCAUGGGCAUGGGAGGGCACCAAGGCAGCCCCAUGCAGAACGGGCCGAUGCAAGGCCAGGGACCAAUGCACGCGCAGACGAACCCUAUGCAGCAGAACUCCAUGAUGUCCCAGAACAACCCCAUGCAGAGCCAGAACGGGAACGUGGCGCAGCAUUCGUUCCCCUCGCUCCACAACACGUCUUCCUUCACUGGACAAACUACAGACUUCAACCUUGACUUCCUCGACAACAUGCCUUCCACGGACGCUAGCAAUCUCACCGCGCAGGAGCUACUCAACUCCUUAGACAACUCCUUCUUAAAUGACAUCCUUUAAAUUAUCAACCGCACAGCUAUAAGUGUGCGUUUUAGAAUAAUGCAAUUCCUAAUUGACGCAAUUGAAAGUCAAUUAGACUUAUCAUAUUCAGAUUUUGUCUACAUAAUGUGUUUAAUAUAUCUUCUAAAAUACAAAUGUACGACCAAUAUGGAACAAAUGAUGACCAAAGUUAUUACACAGGAAUUUAACAUGGCCAGAGUGGAAUAUGGCCAGUAGAACCCGCUUACGAUAUACCGUAAGCGACCGACAAGUAAGCCACUUUACAUUUUGGACCACAUUGUUUUGUAGACUAUAUUUAUUAUGAAAAAUAUCAAUUUCGUAGUGUUUAUAGGUUUUACUAUUGUUAAUAAUUCCUUUGUAAAUAUUUUAAUUUUAAAUGUUUGUAAUAUUAAUUAAACGUAAGCUAAAUAUACUACCGACAGUCUCAGAGUAUUCAUGAAACUGACAUUCUUAUUCUUCUUAUGAUAAUUAUUAUUUAGCUGCAGAGUAGGCUAAUGUAUAUUUAUUGCAAAUUUUAUUGUAGUUGAUAAGGUAAAAAGCACAAAAGACAAUAUUUUAUUUACGUUAAUAAAUUUAUUUAUGAAAAUAUUAAAUAAAAUAUAUGGGGCAAUAGACAGACAGCUGUGUUUAAACAUAGCUAAAUAUAUUAUUACCUAUAAUAAUUUAACUCGAGAUGAUCAGCUAAUGACGACUGUGUUUCUACGCGGAAUGGCAGUUUGAUUGAUCAUUGGCGGCUUUUAACUUAUUAUACUUCUAAUUUGGGAAACUUACAGUUGUGUGAAGUGUGGCAACAUCGCAGUACACAACAAAUAUUUCCAACAUCCGCCUGUUAACGUUGGUUGGUAGUGCGUGUUGCCACACUUACCGGCUGAUCACCUCGAUCCUCGCAUUACACCACUUCCAACUUUAUUUACACGUCUUCAGCUAAAACAUAGCCAAUGUGCGGCUUCCUUAUUUUAUUCAUUGUAUUCUCUCAGCUUUUUUCCUAGAGCAUAUUUUGUUGGUUUGUCUAAAUUGGGGACAGCUCGAUUUAUCAAAAUAGUGCAAAAUGUAAAUUUUAUGGAGUAAGAAUAUAGUAAGAUCAUUCCUGUACCUAAGAUGAUUGUAGAUUAUACUGUGAUGUCGGUCUCAACGGUCAAUAGAUAUAAAUAGUAUCAAUUAUUAUACAUAGAUUAUUGUUAUUGUUAAGGAUCUCAUGGUAUCAUUUUAGUUUGGGGUUUUGAGAGAUUCUGGAAUUAAUACAUAGAUUUGUUGGUUCAUUAUUAUCUACUUUUUCAUCGAAUGUGUAGCAUAUUCUUUGUAAAGUAAGUGCAUUUUCUUUUUAUUAUUUUUUAUGUAUUUGAGAAUGCAAAUCACCCAUUUCGUUAUUUUGUAGUAGUGUAAAUACAAAACUGUUGUUAAACAACUUUAGGAAUUUUUGAUCAAUGUAUACCAGCAAUGGGUAUGAAAUUAAUAAAAUCAUUAUGUAUAAACAAUCCAAUCGAUGAAGGUUUAGCUCUCUGAAAUAGUUUACAGCUGUAAAACCAACUAUUGUGAAUGAUAGCAACAUUCCAGAGCCAUUGUUAAUAAUGUUUUAAAUUUAGGACCAAUUUUUGAACGUUCUUUUGAAAAUAAUAUUGCAUAUUGAGUGAA